CCGAAAGGAGGCUGGACACCACUUUGAGAACCCGUUCAAGUGAGAUACCGACUUUGACGGGUGUGUUCAAUAUUGCGUGCGUAAUUUUUACCUGGCAGGUCGGAGGGGACAUUUUAGGAUACAUGUUGCUCACUUUAAAUGACUGAACCAAGGCACAGGAAGCGGGAGCCGCGCCGGGAUAUCCCCGGGAAUAAGCACUUUCAAUAUGUCAAGAUGCAAGCAGCCUUACUCCAAUGUUGGGGCCACUACAACGUCGAAAGAUGGAGGGGAACACUUUUGAGGAGUAACAUUCUUUAGCCUAUAAGGAAAUGCUUAACUCCGGAGAGACUGCAUGGACAGAUCGCCUAGUUUCACAUUUUGUUUAAUUGCCACACACGCCAAAAUAAUUGUGCUUAGGCUACUGGAGCAUAUUUACACAGUGGAUUUCAUAAUAGGCUACUCGUUUUUAAAAUAGGCUUUAAGUGUUCUGUAAUAUAAUGGACUGUUUAACUUAGUAGCUCAAUAUUUCAACUAUAAUUGUGCGAUUAGUUCUGCUCUUGGAGUUAUCACUGCGCAUGAGCUUCCCAGAUUGCGCUGAGAUGCGAAAUAUAUGCAGUGUGUGUUUGAAUUAGAUACUUAAUUUCCUCGGGAUUCGUCCUUAUGCUACCAACGAAUGGGAAACACUUAGAAAGUGCAUUUCAUCACAAAAAGAUAUAAGCGUAGAACUGUAGGCUAACAAAGAACUGUGUGAGAAGUUGUUAUUCACUCUUUUCGAUGGACAGUAGGAUGCGACGAAGACAGGACUUUUUCCAUGCUCGUGGCUCUGCAUGAAGAAAUAGUCCUUCCGGAGUUUCUGCAAGCAAGUUGAAAGCUUCAGCUGGGGACUAUCGCUCUCUUUUUUUGGGAAUCUUACAUGUUGGAAAAAACAAGUCUUUGUAUGCAUCGCUCCACUUGCAAAGGUGGGUUAGGGAGCUGUCUUCCCUCAUCAUUGAACACCAAAGUCACCUAGCAAGAAGCGGAACAUAAUGGAUUAUUUUAAGUGCUUUGCUGUGUUACGCCUAACCCAAUGAGACAGUGAAAUGGGGCUACGUGUGCUUUUGUUCUGAUUAAAAAAAAUAGCGUUAUCUAAACAAGUUAAUUAAAAGCAAACACCGACCCCGUCCAUCCACCUUUUGCUGAGCACCUCUUUGUCAGACUGUGCUCUUGUUUCUGUGAGCUGCAGAGCAUCAGAAGAUAGUGGAGAUAGUGUUUCAGGGUCCCGAGGACAUCAUGGGCCUGACCCGGUUGGAGUAAAGAUAAGGACUCUGAGGGACUGUGUGGAAUACCAAUUACCUCCCAUCUCCCAUGAGCAAUGAACACCAGCACCGAUAUAGAUAGGAGAGCUGGUCAACAUGUCGGUGGACUGAUAUCGAAGCCCAUAGUAAAAAUACACAGCUGCUGAUUUGUUGCUCAAAAGAAUUCAUUAGAAUUUGAUUUGAAUGCUUAUUAGUUGCAAUCUCAUUAGUUGUAACAGUAAGUGGAAACAACCAACACACAUCAAAGAUAAUGUUUGAUGAAGAGUUCAACCCUGACUCUGUGUACAUUACAUGAAACAGUCGAUGAUAAUGUAUGUUACAGGGACUCAGGGACAAGACUUUCCCUUGAACCAGCUAUGCUUUCCUUCCACUUCAUUUGAGCCUUUACAAGUGUAGGACGGCUUGAUAAGAUGGAGCCAGACAACAGCACGCUGGAGCCUUUCCUCUUGAACAGCACGGACGAGGUGGUGAGUACGGAUGCCCCCUGGGACCCCGCCACCCUCCUGGGACUGCAGAUCUCGCUGUCGGCGAUACUGGCUGUGGUCACGCUGGCCACCGCGCUGUCCAAUGCCUUCGUCAUCACCACCAUUGUCCUGACACGCAAGCUGCACACGCCGGCCAACAUGCUGAUCGGCUCGCUGGCGGUCACCGAUUUGCUGGUGUCCAUCUUGGUCAUGCCCAUUGCAAUCCUCUACACGGUCAGCAAGACAUGGACGCUUGGCCAGAUUGUCUGUGACAUCUGGCUGUCGUCAGACAUUACCUUCUGCACAGCGUCCAUCCUGCACCUGUGCGUGAUUGCGCUGGACCGCUACUGGGCCAUCACCGACGCACUGGAGUACUCAAAGCGCCGGACAAUGCGGCGCGCCAGCGUGAUGAUCGCUGUCGUCUGGGUCAUCUCCAUCUCCAUCUCCAUACCGCCGCUCUUCUGGCGGCAGGCCAAGGCGCACGAGGAGCUGACCGAUUGCAUGGUCAACACCGACCAGAUCUCCUACACGAUCUACUCCACGUUCGGCGCCUUCUACGUGCCCACCGUGCUGCUGGUCAUCCUCUACGGCCGCAUCUAUGUGGCAGCACGCUCGCGCAUCCUCAAGUCGCCGGCCGCCUGUGGCAAACGCUUCACGACCGCACAACUCAUCCAGACGUCUGCUGGCUCCUCGCUCUGUUCCCUCAACUCGACAUCAAACCAAGAGGGCAACCUACACCCUAUGGUCGGUGCGGGACACGGGCAAGCAAGUGGACAGGGUGGUGGCAGAACCGGAGGAAGUGGCGGAUCACCGCUCUUCGCCAACAGCGUGAAGGUAAAGCUGGCCGACAUUAGCGUGCUGGGAGCGCCUGGCCGCAAGGCCCAGAAGAAGGCCACCAAGACGCUAGGCAUCAUCCUGGGCGCGUUCAUCGUCUGCUGGCUGCCGUUCUUCGUGGGCACGCUGGUCAUGGCCAUCUGCAAGAAGUGCUGGUUCGACCCGCUGCUCUUUGACGUCUUCACCUGGCUCGGCUACCUUAACUCCCUCAUCAACCCCGUCAUCUACACCAUCUUCAACGACGAGUUCAAGCAGGCCUUCCAGAAACUCAUUAAGUUCAAAUCAUGCUAUUAACAACGCUUUCUAAUUAGAAUCACUCUAUAAUUAAAUGGACUGGAAAAAAAAAAACAGUGGCAUCAGCUACAAAAUGUGUGUUCAUGGUGUUCAAGUGUUCUCAUGCAAAAAGAAGUCAUGGUGACAUGGCGACACAUUUCCAUGCAGACACAUUGACCAGCUUGAGGAUCUUAGUGCCAUACAUGUCUUGUGUUCUCUUUGUAAAAAUUGUGCAUGUGUGCUCCAGAAGAGAGUUGUCUUUGUGUUUCAGGAGUCAUUAUCUGCCUUAGCAAAGGGGAAAAGAUACUGCUCAAGACUCAAACAUGUGCUUAUACAUGGCUGCAGAGCAAAUCAUCUAUACUGUAUAAUUAAGUGGACCUCAUUAGAGUAGACUGGGGAACGGAUAUGACAGCACGUCUACACUGAACUUGAAUGAAGCUGGGACGUCAUGCAUUGUGGUCCAUUAUGUAAAAUUCAUGGACUCCACCUUAAAAUGCUUGUCAUGUGAGAUAAUUAUAUAGAGUUUUAGUGCAACUGAAUUUUGUGUCUUUUAUGUACAAUGGCAAGAAUGUGUAUCUGUGUACAGUGCCACCUGCGAUUCACAUUGAAUUACAUUUAGAAGUUUGGCUCAUCCCUAAAUUUGGUAUAAAGGUCACAAAUUUUAUUUGCUUACAUUUGUUUGAAACACUCAGUAUCAGUAGAUUUCUGAUAUUUGAGCUAAUUCAGACCACAAUACCCUACAGUAUGUUGGAGACACUGUCUAUAAUGUUUACUGUAAACAUGACCUCACUGUUAAGGGAAGGAUGGGUCGUCACAUCUUGUUUGUCUUUUUGUGUCCUUUGGUGUUUUUUUCUUGCAUGUUUUCUCUUGGGUGAUGCUUCGCAUGUUUGCUGUUCGCUGGACUUAUUUCCCCAGUGCCGUGUCAAACUCACUUCAAACAAAAGAGAAGAAUCUCGAUAACAGGGAUUCGCCCAGAGGUAUGCUAAGCACAGGGGAGGGGGCGAUAAGGAAGUGAUGUGAGAAAUUGGCCAGUUGGUUCAGAAGAGUUGUCUGAGGAGAAUGAACUGUGUUUGGGAAGGACAUCAUGAAGCCUAAAUUUAGCAGAAUUUUCACUGCAACCAUUGAUGUCCACUGCUGGUGUCAAUUCAAAAAUAUAUUCAGUGUGUGUGCAAGUGUGUGCAUGCAUAUGUGCA